AUGUGUGGUGUAUACUGUAACACUGGUGUAGCGGAGUGGAAUGCCAAGCGGGCGUGCGUUCGGGUAGACCCCUACCACGUGUCUGUGCAUGGUCACGCCCCCUGCCCGCCGCCUAGCAGCAGCGAAAUGAAGGCAUCUCGACCCAAUCACCAGCCACAACGUCAUCCCACGGCCUUGGAUGCAGCCGCAAACCACCACAUGUCGCAUCAAAAGUACACCACCCGCCAAUAUCCUCGCGCCCACCGCGGCCGCGGCCAUGCAUCUCAUGACGCCCGCCAUGCACCGUGGGCGUCAUCCGACUACAUUGCGGAGCCCGACCACGACGACGCCGACGAGUACAUCAGCCCGCGGCAUCAGCACCCCCAGCACCACCAGCACCAGUACCGCCAACACCACCGUCCGGAACCUCCCAGGCCUCGGGGCUACGACCACGACCACGACCACAGCCACAGCCACCACUACUCGUCCAUGGCUGCCUCGUCCAGCCCCGCGGAAAGCAGGGACAAGGCCGGCUUGACGUCGUCGCCAUAUCAGCCUGGCUAUCGCCCACGGUGGCCUGCCCGACCGCGCCACCGGACCUCCUCCCCUGGCUCAGAUCAAGACUACAUUGCGGACUCGGUACAAACCGAAGAUGACUACAUUGCUACUCCGGCCAAGAGCAUGCCGGGCGCCUUUGUCGACGACGACACGCCCGACUACACCAGCGGCAGCGCCCCCGACAGCUCACCGCCUCACCGCCCCGCCUCGGUCCCGCGCUCCAUCUCCAGACGACGCUCGCGUUCGAAGCCGGCUGCUUCACGACGCUCGCCUUCAGCUCCAAGACGCUCUCCCUCAGCUGCAAAACGCUCGCCUUCAAAUUCCCCCUCUGCCGCAGUUCAGGACAGCCCUCCCCCGCCGCCGCCCGAUGUCGCUCCAACCCCCGAAGUCACGCCGCCCUCUCCAAAACCACUGCAACGACCAGUCUCCCGCCACAGGCGCUGGGACGCACCCGCAUCUCCCCCACGACGCUCUCCUUCGAGAAAACGCUCGUCUUCCAGGAACGAUGCCACUCCGCCAUCCCCCAAGCCACUCCAGCGCCACGUCUCUCGCCCCAAGCGCUGGGACGCGCCUUCGUCCCCACGCCGCCAUUCUCCCCGCCGCCGUUCUCCUCGCCGCCGCAGUCUGAAACCCCAUGAGCUGGAGAACCUGCGAGAAGCACAGGAGUUUCUCGAGCGCUUUCGAGCCAUUCAGAAGAAGCUGUCCCAGCCCCAGCCAGCCGAACCCAAAGUCACCCAGCCCAAACGCUGGGAUGCUCCCGCCUCGCCGCCUCGCCGUGGUCUGAAGCCUCACGAGCUGGAACACCUCAAAGAGGCACAAGAGCUCCUCAGACAGUUCCGAGAACACGACCGCGCCCGCGCCCGCACCCCACCACCCCCAGAGCCACCACAACCGCAGCGCCCAGUCGCCCAGCCCAGCCGCUGGGACCAGGCGCCGCUUCCGCCUCGCCGCCGCAGCCUCAAGCCGCACGAGCUGGAGAAAUUGCGAGAAGCCCAAGAAUUUCUCAAACGCUUCCGAGCCAUGGAAAAGACGCUCUCUCAACCCAAGCCUCCUCAACCCCAACCCGAGGCCCCCCAACCGCAACCCGACAGUCCCUCGCGCUGGGAUCAUGCACCGCUGCCACCCCGCCGCCGCAGUCUCAAACCCCAUGAACUCGACAACUUUGCAGAAGCACGCGAAUUCCUCGAACGCUUCCGCGCCCUUGAUGUCCAGCACAAGCCGCGACGUUCCAGCCACUCGUCCGCCGAGUACCACAGCGACGACAGCGACAGCGACAGCGCAGCAGCAUAUCAACAGGAAGGCUCGCCCGAGCGCCGCCGCCGCACACGCUAUCUGCCGCUGCGCCAGAGCCGCCGCGACAUCUACGAAGCAGGCUUCUCGCAUCCUCCAGAAUCCGCAUACCUCAAACCACCUGGGCCCGCGUACUCGGACACGGCCUCAUACCGCAGCGAAUCUUUGUCCGGUGGUGCAUCUCGCGUCCCGUCGACCGCGCGCUCGUAUGCCUCGCGCUCGCCCAUCUCACGACGUCCGCGACUCCUGCGCGUCCGCGACCGCAGCCAGGAUUCCGGCCGCAGCAGAAGCGUGCCUGCGCGACUGAGGCUGAAAAGCGGACGGGGUGCCGGCAGCAGCGACACAGACGACAAUGGCCUCGGCGAGGGAAGCGAUUACCUUCCUAGCGACGAAUCGGAGACGGAAGCUAGGCAUCGGCGGCAUCGGCAUGCGAGAUUUAGCGAUGAUGAUGACGACGACGACGACGAAGAUGAGCAUGAGCGUGAGCGUGAUCGUCGGGGUGGUGGUGGUGGUCGCGCCAAAUACGCUUAUAGCGAUGACGAUGAUAAUGGAGUGGGCGAGGGCAGCGACUAUCUUUCUAGCGACGACGAUGACAGCUACGAUCCCAGGAGCCAUGUGCACGAGGAUCCAAGGCCGUUUCAUGGGUACCGAACUACUAUACAUCGGGGUUAUAGGCCGGGGUUUGCGCGUUAUGGGUAUUGAGUAAUGUGUGUGUAUGCAUCCAUGCAUGUAUCUAUGUCUGUUAUUGAUGGAUGAAUGGAUGGAUGGAUGUAAUGAGGCCAUGUUUGAAUCGU